AUGCCCGAGCAUAGUAUUCUCUUGGGUCAUCUCAUGGCGGCCAAGACUGCUACUGACGAGCUUCCGCCGGGUGCGCACAGCACUUAUAUUCUUGAUCGAAUAGCUAGGAAGCUAGAUGGAGGAAAUGGACCCCCAGCAUAUUAUUUUGACAGUUAUCCUGUGAGCGUUCCUAUGCUUAUGGUAAGAGACCCUUAUAUCGCCAACCAAGCGACCAAUCAUCCUUGGGUAUCGGCCGAAAAGCCUUUUACACUUACAGAAUGGUUUGCACCUAUCUCAGGAAAAGGAGGCAUCAACCUAUUUACUCAAAAUGGUCAAGAAUGGAAACAUGACCACGAUCUAUUCCUACCCUUCUUCAACAAUAGCAACCUCGAUGCUACUCUGCCUGUGGUUAUUGAGCAGAUGCUCGUUUUCCGCGAACUUCUCCGGGAGGAAGCCCGGAAAGGAGAUCUGUUUCGUCUUGAACCGUUGGCGUUAUCGCUUAUGAACGAUAUUAUUGGGCUCGUAGUGUUUAACGCUGAGCUAGGCAAUCAGACAUCCGGUUCUCACCCUCUUUCGAAGACUAUGCUCCGCCAACUGGGAUUGAAGUUUGGUGCGAACAAUGUUAUGGAUAACAUCGGUCAGCUUAAUCCAUUCAGGAUCUUCAGCAUCUGGAAUAAUAGUCGUAUCUUGAACCAGCACAUUCGCACUCAAAUUGCAAAGCGGGUUAACGCAUUUCGCAAUGCUAAGACACGUCACGAACAGUCGGCUUUCAAUUCAAUCCUAGAUCAAGCUCUCGAGACAUACUACUCCCAGCCCGGCCGGGAGUUGUCUGACCCAAUUGACAAGCAAUUCAUGGAUUCCUUAUGCGCACAGCUGCGUAUGUUUUUCUUUGCUGGAUACGAUUCUACCGCAAGCACAAUGGUUACCAGCUGUUACCUGAUUUGGAAGCAUCCGGAGGUCUUGGCUAAACUCCGCGCUGAACAUGAUGAAGUUUUUGGGCGAAAUAUUGCAGCGUGUCCGGACAUGAUCACCGAGAACCCAUCUGUUCUCAACUCUCUUCCGUAUACCCUCGCCGUAAUAAAAGAGGCGCUACGACUCUUCCCUCCCGCAAACGGCAUUCGAAUGGGAUGUAAGGAUCUGGUCUUGAAAGGUCGCGAUGGCACUGAGUAUCCUACUGAGGGCUGUGCCGUGCAGACGAGUCACUUUAGCGUCCAUCGGAACCCCGACUGUUGGCCGCGACCACUCGAGUUUUUACCCGAGCGAUUUCUCGUAGGACCAGAACACGAACUCUACCCGGAGAAAGGUGCUUGGCGUACCUUCGAGUAUGGCAUUCGAAAUUGUACCGGUCAGGCUUUCGUCUUAAAGGAAGUAAAGGCCUUCCUCGCUAUUAUAUGCAGAGAAUUUAACUUCCAGGAAUGCUAUGACGAGGUCUAUGCCGGAGAGAAGCUGGAUCUGACGACUGUGGACAAUGAGAAAGCAUACCUGAUAGAGCACGGUUCUGCACACCCACGCGGAGAGUUUCCAUGUAGAGUGUCAUUGAGCGGAUACGUCCCUAAGGAAGCCAAUCUCUAG